CGAUAAGCCUUCCUGGGUUUAUUCGUGCAUAUAAACGUAUUUAUUAAAUAUUAUGUUCUAAACCACGUACGUUGAUCACAUUUUUAAAACUUACAAUAGUUUUUCAAUAAAAAAAAUCAAAAUAAUAACUUGACUCCUACAUCCAGAUUAUUCUGGAAAUGCUUGGAGAUAUUCUUCUGUAUGUGUUAUUAAACAUUAAUUUUCAAUUAUUCAGCGGUCAUUACACUUCAAAUUACGAUCUUAAUUAUGCGGCAGGAGGGGGUAUAUUUAUCCCGGUUGGCUUCAACAGCUUUCCUGUUUUGAACUCAUUGAAUCAACGACGGAAUGAUAUUCCAGAAAAAAGAAGUGAUGUACUUCCAGCAAGCCUUGAUGAUAUCAAAUCAUCUCAAGAAUAUUUGGCCGGAGUUAACUGUAUUCUUUCUACAAAGAGCGAUGAUAAUCAAAUCAUUUUGGAGAUAUCAAAAUGCGAAGAACAACUACCAUUAUCUUAUUUCAUUAAAAAGUUUUAUAAUGGCAUCAAUAUUGAUCAAAUAUCGUUAGGAUUUAUUCAAAGUGAAAAGUUAAUUUUCAAGUCAUUGAUAAUCAAUGAGAAUGUAGUUGAUUUUACUGCAGAAUCAAAUGGUGAAUUGUACUCUCACACACAAACCAUGAUCAAUUUGAAGGAUGUAUCUCUUAAAAAAUUGCAGUUACCAAAAGCUUUGAACUCUGAGUUUUCACUAAACAAUUUAAUGUUUGAGUUAGAAGGAACAGUCAAUGACCUUAAAACAUCUUUCAGUUCUUUCACGGAUAACAACUUUGUUAAAAUUGAUAUAAAAAGCAGUUCGGUAUCCUUGGACUCCGUAUUAUCUAUCUGGUACUUAAAUUUAGACAAUUUAGUAAUAAAUAAUGUUGGAUUUUCAUUAAGUAAAUUUAAAGAUGUUAGUAUCGCUGAACCAAAAAUAACAGGUGUGUACAAUACAAAUGGUGAUUUUCAGUUGCUAUUUAAAUUUUCUUCAAACAACGAUGGAUUGUUUACAAAUGGUGCAACAGCCUAUUUUGUUAUCAAUAAACCAGCAGACUCUCCUGUAGGUGGUGCACUUUUUAUGGAAUACAAGGAAUCUGUUCAAAUAAUAAAUCAGAUGAAAGAAUUUAUAGAUUACCAAUAUAGUGAACCUGAUUAUGCAGCCAAUAUUGUUAAACCUUGGGUUCUCACUGCAUCUGUGAAUAUAUUUAAUCUAAUCAAAAUUCCCGAAUUUCUAGAAUUGUUUAAUGAUCUCAUUUCAAAUAAUAUUGAUGCUGGAAUCAAUGUCUACUUUCAAGCAGAUAUUAAAAAAUCAUUAAGCACAUGUGAUCCAACAACUCAAGAAGAUCAGAACAUUCCUGAUAGCAUACUUUUGCAAAUAUCUUUUUCAACAUCACAUAUUCGUACAAAAUUUCCUUCAACAUUUUCUGCUGAUCUACCUGCUAUGAUGAAAUGUGUUUCAAAAGACACAGCAAUUAAAUUACCAAAGUUAUUAUUUCCUGAAGGUUUUCGACCUCCUCUUGAUAUUAAAGAAAUCGACAUUAAUCCAGAUGAAAAAUCAUUCAAGUUGUCUGUGAAAUAUUCACAAAGUGUAAAUUUAUUUGGUCCAUUAAGCAUUUCUAACAUUGAGCUAAAUGUCUCCAAAGAAGCAGCAGAUAAACCAUGGUCAUUUACUGCAAGUGCUGAAGUAAAUUUUGGUCCUGACAUCAAUGGAAGUGUAGAAAUAACGUUUGAUUCUGAAAAAACUUUCAAGGUUGUUAUCAAAGUUGCUUUUAUAGAUGUUGCAUCCGUUGCAAGUGCUUUUGGAGCUAAUCCAUUUGCUGGUAAUGAAUUUAUUAAAGAUUAUUUAAAUGUUGGAAUUAAAGAUUUAGAAGUUGAAAUAUCAGCUACUUUGAACAAGAAAGGAAGUACUGAAAUUACGAUUUCAGGGAUUCCACUUAUUAAUUCAUUGCCAACAGUGACUUUAGCAGGCUAUAUAUGGACACCUGAUGACCCAGCCUCAUCAACAACUACUGGAAUUGCUGUUGGUUUUGUUGUUAAUAAAGAGCGUUUAGAUGCUGUUUUCAAAAAGUUAACUGGAAUGGAUAUGACUGCUACAUGGCUAAAAGAUGCAUCUAUAAUAUUAUUGGUUAGCAAUGCUCACAAAAACUACUGCACAAAUCCUAAAAAUAAAGAUCGUCCUGAAUGUCAAGAGAAAAGUGAGGAAGAAAAUGGCGGAAAAGGUGAAGAAAAUAAGGAUGAAAACAAGGAAGACAGUACAAGCAGUCGUAGACUAUUGGAUAAACGUUAUUUAAAGUUACAUUCUAAAGUGGCUAAUCAUCAUGCAAAGCAUUUGAAGCCGUCUAGAUAUAAAAGAAAUAAGGAUUCAGAGAAAGAACAAAAUAAUGCAACUGAUUCACAAGUGACUAAGAAAAAAACACAUUUUGAUGCAAUCUCAGAAUUAAAAGACAUAGAAAUAAAAAAAGGUUUAUAUAUACGUGCAACACUUGAAUUAACUAAUGACUGCAGUAAAGACGCUGUUUGCGAGUUUCUUGCAGAAAAAAUUGGUAUUGGUGCAAAGAUAGUUCUUGAGGGAGAAUUUACCACUGGAUAUGUAAAGAUAACUGCUAGUCUUGAGGUCACCAUACCACUAUCAGAAAAUGUUGAUCUCAAAAAGGUAUCACUAAUUGUAGAAAUAGGACGAGAAAAUAAAAUUGAAAUUCGAUGUGAAUUUCAUGUUAAAGAGCCAAAACUAACUAUUGCAGGCUUUAUUGGUAUUGAUUUAUGCGGAAAGCUUAACAUAGGUGGUAGUGUGACAGGAAUGAUAGAGAAGGUAUUUAAUAUUGAAUGGCUUGCUAUUGGAAAUUUAUUGCUAAAAAUUGGACUAGAUUUAAAAACUGCAUUACCUACAAUAGAAAUUGGAGCAGCAAUAUAUAUUGGUUAUGCACCAGCUGAAGGUAAAGCUGAAGAUCGAUUUAAGUUUGAAGGGUAUUUAGGAGUAGAUCCAACUGAUCCAUCCAAUAACUACUUCUAUGCUCGCAGUUUUGGAAAAGAUUUAACAGUAGAGAAUGUUCUCAAACAACUCGGUAUCAACGUGGCUCUUCCUCAAGUCAUUAGAGAAAGUGGUUUUUAUGGAGAACUACUAAUUUCUUUAAACCUUGGUUUGAAUGAAAAAGAAAUAAAAGAGUUUGGCAUAUCUAUACCACCUGGGUUUCAAUUUAAAGGAUCUUUAAAUUUUUUGAGUUAUAAAAUAAAGUGUGAAAUAAAGUUUAACUGGAAAGCUGGUACAUUUUAUUUGGAAGCUGAUUUUGAUCCAAUCAAUGACUGGGGAAAUGGUAUAGUUAAAGUUUAUCGCUCUACAGAAAAUCGUGAACUUGGACCAAAGCUUAAACUAAAUUUAGACUCAAAAGCAAAAACAUUUGAGCUCUAUAUUGAAGGAUUUAUUGGCAUACUUGGAAUAGAAAGUUAUUUAAAAAUUGAAAUUACUGCAGAAAAGUUUACUUUUGUGAUAACGGGUAACAUAUGGGGAGUGCUUCGUGCUCAAAUUAAUGUAGAAGCUCAGUAUAAUGAAAAUGGUUUGUCAUCUUUUGCUUUUAAAGGGUGUCUACAGUUUGAUUUACAGCAAAUAUCUGAAGCCAUUAAAAAAGCAUUGGCUAAUGCAAAACAAAAAGCUGAAGCUGCUUUUUCUAGUGCUCGUGAUGCUGUCACUGCAUCUAAAGCAGCUGUUACAAAAGCAUUUGAUAAAGUUCGUGGCUGGAAACAGGAUAUUGAAAAUUAUAAGAAUAGAUUAAGAGCUCGGUCUGAAGAACUUGAAAGACAGAAAGCUGAUCUUGGUCAGAGUUGUACUGAAGAAUGUGGUCAAGUUUGUAUUCCAUUCUUCGGAUGGACACCUGAUUGUUAUCAAAUAUGGGGUGUUUCAUAUGGUUGUCUUUCAUGGGACAAUUGUAAAUGGAAGGUUCCAAAUCUAUUAUGCAUUGCUGGAUGCGAGAUUCGUAAAGGAUUCAAUAAAUUUGUUGCUUGGGCCGAACAACUUGGAAUUAAGAUUUUACUUGGAUUGUCUGAAAUUGGGACUGCUCUUUUAGAUGCAACUUCAUUUAUUGAAAAGAUUGCUCAAGGUGUUUUAGAUGCUGCAAAUAAAGUGCUUGAAUUUGCAGAAAAAGCAACCAAAGCAAUUCUGGAUUUACCUAUGAAAAUUAUUGAUGCUGCUUCAUCAUUUAUUACCAUUCACGAGUUUUGUGUUUUUGGGAAGAUUGAUCCAAAGGAACAUGCUUGCCUUGGAAUAAAAUUUGAUGUGACUUUAUUAGCAAUGAGGAAGCAGUUUGAAGGAACAAUUUGCUUAAACUUAAACAUUUAUGAUUCAUUGGGUUCAACUGCUGCAAAAAAACGUGUACCAGAGAUUGAAGACUUGGAUAGCAAGACAGCAAGCAUUAAUGCUGAAGUUGGAGAUUUAAAUGGAGAAGCAAAAAAAGUUAAUAGUGAAUCAUCUCGUGUUGAAAACGAAGUUAGCUCAAAAACAACUUCUUCUAUUGAAAAGCGAACUACUGUGCUAACCAAAGAGCAGUUGUAUUACCAUAAACUUGCUUAUGAUCCAUUACCACAAGUGCGCCUUCGUAGUCAAGAAACCAUGAAUCUUUUGAAAAAUGUUGAGCCAUGGAAAGAUCAUAGCUUUGAAGAAUUAGGUGCUAAAAGACAAGAAGCAGCAAAACCUAUGAUUUUUGCUACUAAUUUUAAACAUGAAAAAAUACUUAAAGAAGAAUCUCCAAAUGCUUGCCAACAGCAACAAAAUGUUAUUUCACGAUACCAAACAAUGGCAGAUGGUUUUUAUUCAACUCUAAAGUAUAUCAAUAAUGCUCGGGAUGCAUAUUUGAAUCAGAAGAAAUCAUACUUAAGUCAUAUAAGAUCCAUGGAUGAUAUGAUACAUAAAAAUUCAUUUCACAACAUGACUUUAGAAGAGCGUCAAGAUAUUUUAUAUUGGAGAGAUGAUGCUGAAAAAUAUAUAAAUGGUUAUAUAGAAAAAGCUGAGUCUGUUUUUCAAAAUCAAAAGCGUAGAAGCAUUAUUAACUUCCGUCAGCAAUUUAAUGACAAAGUUGAAAAAGAACGUGGUUUCAAGCUACCUCAAUAUAUCAAAUACUUACAUUCUUUAGCUGUAGAAGCUAGUAGAAGAUCAGUAAUAGCGCAAAAUAGUCUAAAUAAUGAUUCUUGGAAUCAUUUGCAAAAGAUGUUUUUGAUUCUUGCCACCGAUGAUCGUGUCAUAUCUCAAGACUUUGCUAAAACAGUUGAUAGUGUAAACAGAGAGUUAUCUUCCAUGAAGAGAUCAAACGUUCCUUGCGCAGCCUAAUUGAUUUUGUAGCUAUUUAAGUAUAGUCUAAUAAAAAGUAACUGAUUUUA